UUACAGUUAGAGAAAAGUAUACACUAUCUAUAAUAUGAUAUAGAUACAUUGUCUGCAUAUUAUUAAACAGUUUUACGUACAUUUAAUUCUUUUCAAUCAGUAUUCGAAUUAAUUCAUGUAUUUACGAUGCGCUAUAAUAAUUCUUGCUCUGGAGAAGAAUGUCCUUUAACAAAAAGUAGAAGUUAUAAAUACACGUUAACUAUGUAUUGUGGAGAUGGUUUAAAAUUCAUUAUAAGCUGUUUCACCAUUUUGACAAUUUCUAUUACAACAACAUUAAUUUUACAAAUAUUAUAUGCUGAUGGAAGCCCACAGAAUACUGCUGGUGUACAUGGUGCUGUUGCAACAGAUUAUACAAAUUGUUCACAAAUUGGAACCAAAAUAUUACGGAAAGGCGGUAAUGCAAUAGAUGCAGCUGUAGCAGCUACUAUUUGUAUGACAGUAGUUGCUCCACAUAAGACUGGUCUGGGUGGAGGUGGUUAUAUGAUGUUAUAUAAUCAUAAAGAACAGACAGAACCAAUUAUUAUUGAUUUUGCUAAUAAUACAAUUAAAGACAAUUUUUUACAAGAUGGGAUACGUAUACCAGCAGUAUUAAGGGGAUUAGAAUAUGCACAUACAUUAAAAGGUAAACUACCAUGGAGUGAAAUUGUUAAACCUUCUGUAUCUUUAGCCAAAGAAGGAUUUGUUGUAUCAAAGGAGCUAGCAAGUGAAGUAUCAAAAAAUAUUGAUUAUGAAAUUUUAUAUGGGCACAUUAGUGCAGGAGAUAUACUAAAGUUACACGAUCUUAGCAAUUUGUUAAAUGCUGUAGGACUGGAAGGAACUAAUGUAUUAUACAAUGGAACUUUUUCACAAAAGCUUUUACAUGAUAGAAUUAAACUAUCAAAGCUACUUCCACAGUUAGUAAAUUAUAAACCUGAUGUAUAUAUAGCAAAAAAGUCAAGCUUUUAUAAACAUGUAAUAUAUUAUCCUCCACAUAUGUCAUUAUUAAAAUCAAUGAUUGCAGCACUGGAAGAUCUUAACAUAUCUACUGAUAAUGCAUCCAUAGUAGGAGCAGAUAUGCAAGUAGCUAAAACAUUAAUAAAUUCAGUAUCAAUGCCAUUACAAUUAAAACAACAUGUUGAAGAAGAAAGAUAUACUGGAGUUGUUGCAAUGGAUUGGGAAGAUACUUAUGUUUGUAUUAUAACUGGACUUGGUGCACCAUUUGGUCUUGGAUAUAUGUCAACUGUUGGCUUCCUGCUAGAUAAAGCUGAUACCAAUAAUACCUUAUCUAUGCUUGUUCCCAUAAUCUUUCAUAAUGAAAAAGCAUUAUGUGGAUUAAGAGGAGUGUUUGGAACUGAUGAUACAUUAAUUAUUGGACAAUUAUUGUACAGUAUCAUAGUGCGUCAAUUAAAUGUUUCUGAAGCUAUUGAAUACCCAAGGUAUUAUUUUUCAUCAGAUGGAUUUGUGAUAGAAAAUGAUCCAAAACAUUCUAUAGAUACAUUAAUACGAAAUCAAUUAAACUUAAUAGUACCAGCACCACAUUUAAAGACUGAUUCAGUAUUAAAAAGCGUGAAUGCAAUCAUAAAAAGGAAAGAUCUAAUGUCAAGUCAUUCAGAUAGUCGUGGAGGUGGCCUUGCAUCAAGAUUUUAAUAAUUUAUUCAUCUAUAUUUUUUUUUAUUAAAUAUAUCUAUAUAUUUUGUAUAUCUAUAUAUAAUAAAGUGAGAUUUUCUAUGA